AUGAAACGUGGCAAAGUCGAAACUCGAACUAGAGAUGGGCAAAAUGUAUUAUGCAUGAUGAGCAUGAUACACGUGAUCAAGAUUGAUUUCAUGACUAUUGAUCGAACUCUUCGUCAACUUCAAUUGGAUAAUGAUAAUUAUGAUUAUAUACGUGGCCAACCAAAAAAAUCAGGAGCUGGUAAUGGUAAUUGGGGUGUUCUUGGUGACGAGAUUAAUGUUAUAGGACAAUUCUUAACAUCGUCGACAUUAGCAAUUAAUCCCUCAUCUCACAUCAGGGUAAUUACGGCGGAAGAAUUUGGUAAAAUAAAAGUUGCCGCGAUGAUGUGA